AUUUUCACUCUAAAACCUAAAACAACUCUCACGUUCCCUUUCAUCUCCGAUCUCUCGAUCUCCCGUACCUCUCAUCUCUUCGUUCUGACGUUCUUCACCGCCAUCUCCACCAUCUCUGCCAUCAAAUUUUUGAUCAAGACGAAGCAACUGUUCUCUCAUUCUAUCAUCUCCCGAUCUCAGCGUGCCUCGCAUCAAGGUUUCUUCACUCUGAUUUCACAUCGCAGUUCCUCAUCGCCAUCUCUGCCAUCUCCGCAUCAAAUUUUCUCAUCAAGACGAAGCAACUUUUCGCUCAAGUUGUCGUUCAUUGACUGUGGGAAAGUAUUUGGGCGUGACACCGUUCAAGAUCACACACAGUGCAUUACAGAAACAACCACCUGAAGAUGAAGAAAAUAUCAACCAAGAAAUCUUCUACAUGGGGACAUGUAGUUACACCUGCAGCUCAUUAUCAAUCUCGUCUAGGUGGUGAAAUUGCACAACCGGAAAAUGUUGAUCAGCAGAAUAGUGGAGAGGAGCUUGGUAAACAAAGUUCAGACACAUCUGUGUUUGUUAAUUCAGAACCAAUGCGCGAGGAACAAAUUCAAAAUGCUGUGAAAUUUCUGUCGCACCCGAAAGUUAGAGGUUCUCCUGUCAUCCAUAGGCGGUCAUUUCUGGAGAAGAAGGGCCUUACGAAGGAGGAGAUUGAUGAAGCCUUUCGGCGUGUGCCUGAUUCAGCUCCCAGUGUGCAGACAGCUGGUGUAAAUCAAGAUGAACAAUUAAAGCCAUCUUCAAACAUUCAUCAGCAAAGCCAACCACAGGCUUUGCAGACGACUGUACCAGCUUCUACUGGCGUUAUUACUUCAUUGGGAACCUUGUCACACCACCAUUUUCACUGGUCUCAUGCCCUUAUUGCAGUUGGAUUACUAGCUACUUCUGGUGCUGGUACAGUUAUACUAAUUAAGAAUUCUGUUCUCCCUUGGUUAAAAUCCUGGUUGCGCAAUGUUGUGCUAGAAGGGGAAAAUGACCAAUUAAAGAGAACAGGCUCAAAACCAACAUUGGCAGAAGAAGCUGCACAGGCGGCAAAAGCAGCUGCAGUUGCAGCUGCUGAUAUGGCAAAAGCUAGCCAAGAAUUACUGGCUUCUAAAAUUGAAGAAAAGAGAUAUUUUGUACAAGUAGUGAGCCUUUUGGAUAGGCAAGUGGAGGAAAUGAAGUUGAUGACCAUUGCAAUAAAAAGAUUGGAAGCUUCUGGUGGACUCUCUGUCUCCAAGCAAGAAGAUCGCCAAGUCACUCAAACAAGUUCAAAGAUACAGCAACCUAUCCUUAAUGGGAAGUCAGACUACGAGUCCCAAUCAGUGAGAUCUUCAUCCCCUCCUGUAUCUGUUCAACCAUCUAGUGCUCCGCAUCCAAAAUCAUAUUUGGAGAUAAUGGCCAUGCUCCAAAGAGGAGAGAAGCCUUCUAAUAUUAGAGAAAUUGAUGAUUCUCCCCCCAACCCUUAUCAGCAACCAUCAAACCCUCGCUUAGCACCUAGAGCCAAGCCUUGGGAGGUUAGUCAGGUGCAAAACACCUCAACCCAAGUCCUCCAGUAUCAAGCAAAUGGCAGGGUCCAAGAUAGUGGUGGUGACAACUCAGUACCCUGGUGGCAAACAAAGAACAUCAGAAUCAAAGAGAUUGAUAACGAAGUUGAGUAUAAUGUAGCAUCUGUCGCAUCCAGUCAGCAGCCACUCCAACGAAUGUGGGUUCCUCCUCAACCUCCUCCCAUAGCAAUGCCGGAGGCUGCCGAAGCGAUCAGACGCCCAAAAUCAGUCCUACAAAAGGAAGCAAUUCAGGAUGAUCAUUCAGCACCAAGUUUUUCAGAGUUCUCUAAUGGAUCCAAUUCCGAAUAUGCAAUAGAAGGCAACGGCAUCAACUCACUUGUCAGCUCUGGUGAGAUCCAAAAUCAUGAACUCAAUUACGAAGAAAAAUAAAGGUAGAUCUUUGUAUUUGGUCAUCUUUAUUCAUUAUAACAAUACAUGAAAUUGGAUCUAGAGGUGUCUAAGUUGUGGAAUAGCUUGAUAUGGUUAAGCUUUUAUUUAUACUAUGAUCCCUUUUACAUGAAGGUCGAGUCUACACCAAAGCAUUAAGUGUCGAAAUGUUAAUAGUCAGUGGUUACCCGUGUUUUUUCCCGCCUAAACAACGGUCUCACUGUAUAUGCAACACCACAUAAGCACUUUGGUUAUUCCUUUUUUUUUUUGAACAAAAUGUUACCUUUUAAUAAUCAGCUAUUACUUUUUAAAAUUUUUA